AGUACAUCGGGCAUGAGGCUAGUGCUAGGAGGACACAGCACCAUAUCGGCUCAGCCCUACGGAGCUGACCGACAAGCCGUACGCACGUGGAAGACACCCGAGAACGUGAAGGAGUUGCAGCAGUUCCUAGGCUUCGCUAAUUACUACAACAGGUUCGUGUCACAGUAUGCGAAAAUCGCAGCACCACUCACGAAUCUGCUGAAGAAGAACACGCCCUACAAAUGGGAGCCGAAGCACCAGGAAGCCGUGGAGCAGCUGAAGCAAGCACUUACGUCCGCACCGGUACUCAUUUUGCCAGAUCCCGAACGCGACUACGUCAUCGAAGUUGACGCCAGUGACCAAGCAGUGGGAGCAGUCUUGAUGCAAGAUCAAGGGAAUGGACUGCAACCAAUCGCUUACCUAAGUAUGAAACUACACGGGGCAGAACUAAACUACCCGAUACACGACAAGGAGGCCCUGGCUAUCAUCAUCGCCUUCAAAGCGUGGAGAUGCUAUCUCGAAGGACGAAGAACAACCGUCUACACUGACCACUGCAGCCUGAAAUACUUGAAGACACAACCCAACCUUUCCAGGCGGCAGGUCCGGUGGAUCAACUUCCUCGAGACACGCUUCCACUACGACAUCGUGUACAAGCCCGGUCACAAGAACAAAGCAGACGCUCUCAGCCGGCCUGCACACAUUGCCGCUAUUCAGGUCGAAGGGAUGAAUCCACUACUCAAGGGACUCUUCACACACGGGUACGCCACCGACCCCGAAAUUCCCUUGGCAGAAAAGCGACAUCUGCUACUAGCAGCAAGCAGAAAAAGGCGGGACUACUGCAGCCUCUUCCUGUCCCAGAACAACCAUGGCAAGUGGUUAGCCUGGACUUCAUCACCGGGUUACCACCUACAACCAGCGGUCAUGACGCAAUCCUCGUCGUCAUUGACAAGUUCUCCAAAAUGGGACACUUCAUCCCGACACACACGACAGCAUGCACCGAAGAAACAGCACAACUCUUCGUUCGAUACAUCAUCUCACAGCAUGGCAUUCCAACCACACUCAUCUCCGACCAAGACCCUAAGUUCACCAGCAAUUAAUGGAAGGAACUUAUGUCUCUCCUCGGGACCAAACUCGCCAUGUCAUCUACUUACCAUCCGCAGAACAGACGGACAGACCGAGCGCCUCAACCAAAUUGUUGAGCAACUCCUCCGAGCAGCCUGCAAGGACGAGAUCUCCAAAUGGGACUUGCACCUGCCCGUACUAGAGUUUGCUUACAACAAUGCUACACAUGCCGCUACUGGACAGACGCCGUUCUUCCUCUGCUACGGACGCCACCCACUCACACCACAAAAACCGACAGCAUCAGCUACAGUCCAACCAGCACAUGAUUUCAUCACAACCAUGCAUCAGCUUUGGGAUCGGACCCACAAGCGCCUACUCGACAUUCAACAGCAACAGAAGCGCCAAGCCGAUCGCCAUCGCAACGAUCACACCAUCACGGUGGGGAGACCAGCUACUUGGAAGAUUCACAACGCCUUCCACGUCCAACUUCUGAAGCCCUAUCGGGACCCGAACACGAUUUUCGUCGGACGCCAACCGCCGCCGCCACCACCCGUCCUCGUCCAGAAUGAACCCGAGUACGAGGUCGAGUCCGUGCUCGCACACCGCCGUCGUCGGAAUGGCACCGUGGAGCUUCUCAUCCGUUGGAAGGGUUAUGAUCCUUCCUGAGGACAGCUGGGUACCUGAGUCCGACAU